AUGGCUUCCCAAAGCGCUACAGCCAUACCCCUCCCGCCUCUUCCCGUCCAGCCAUUCAGAUUCGUGGACCUGCCCACAGAAUUGCGACUCCGGGUGUACGAGUACGCCCUCUCCGGGCCCAAGGACGUCACACUCCGCUCCCUCAUGGACCUCCAAGUGCGCAAAAAUCGACAUGGACAGCGCGUACGACCGUCAGACAGCCCCAGGAUCCGAAACACCGGCAUGCUUAUGGUAUCGAAGAAGGUGUCUACGGAAGCUCUGCCAGUCUUUUACGAUACGAACCAAUUCCACCACACCAUCCUCCCCACCGCGCCGUCAGUCCAAGGUGUCCUUCGCCACUUCACGACGCAUCUCCACUUCAUGCAGCACGUCAGCAUCGACUACAUGCUGCAUACAUCGGCACCAGACAUCAGCGAAGUCGACCGACUCGUAUCCACGCGCGUCCGAUCCGUUAUCGACGGCUGUGCCAACCUGCGGACCUUCACGCUGCAUCUCCUGACCGUUUUCCGGAACGAAGACUCGCACCGAGGCUUACGGGCCGGCGGCCAGGCGGCGCUGGUGCUUGCGAGACUGGCGGCUCGACUGCAGGAUCCGACAUACUGUUUGAAAUGGAUAACGAUCAUAACGCACGGCAACCGUCGCGCCCUGAUGGAUCUUGGAAGGGCGAUUGCACCGGGUGAGGGCUGGUUGGUCCGCGAACUGGACGAGUGGCCUGGUAUUAGCAUUGACGAGUAUCAGAGGGUGGGUGUGGAGGAAAGAGCUGAUGAUCGUGCUGCGGGUCAGAAGAUUAGAAUGUUUUGCUUGUGGCCGGCUUUGCGGAUAUGUGUUCUGGAUCGACGGGAGAAUGUUGGUAAGACGGCCUGA